AUGUUGAUAUGCUGUAAAGGUGCAGGAUGCUGCAAAGCAGCAAAGAACAAUGAUUGGUGUUAUCCAACACUGCUUCUGUGUGCCUUCGGGUUUUUCUCAAUGAUGAGACCUUCAGAGCCUUUUUUAACACCGUACCUUGUUGGGCCUGCUAAGAACUUAACAGCUGAACAGGUUACUAAUGAAAUGUUUCCAGUGUGGACAUAUUCUUAUUUGGUAAUACUAUUUCCAGUCUUUGUGGUCACAGAUUAUCUCAGAUAUAAACCUAUCAUAGUUGUACAAGGGCUCAGUUAUGUUAUCACUUGGUUAAUGCUCCUGUUUGCACAAGGAAUCCUGGCCAUGCAGUUUUUAGAAUUCUUCUUUGGGACUGCAUCUGCCACAGAAGUGGCCUAUUACUCCUAUAUUUAUAGCGUUGUUAGUGCUGAGCAUUAUCAAAAAGUGACCAGUUACUGUCGAAGUGUCACACUAGUUGCAUACACCCUGGGUUCUAUUCUAGGUCAAGUUUUAGUCUCUGUUUGGAACGUCCCUUAUUUCUAUCUAAAUGUGAUUGCACUGAUUUCAGUGUCUCUAGCUUUCCUUUCUUCAAUUCCCCUGCCAAUGCCCGAGAGAAGCAUGUUUUUCCACAGGAAAGAGGCUGCAAACAUCCAAGCUUCCCCACCAAUGGAAUAUGUCAAGUCUGAAAACAGUAGUCCCGAAAAUAAUCCUGAUGUGACAGGCUCACACUUGCCUAUAAUGUCGGAUGGAGACGAAGAUGAUCUGGUGAAAGCAACAGAGAAAAAGAAUGCAAUAAUGGUCCUGCCCAAACUGUGGUCUGAUUUCAAAGAGUGCUACUCCUCUCCUCGAAUCUUCUACUGGUCUGUCUGGUGGGCUUUGGCCACCUGUGGAUAUAAUCAAGUUGUGAAUUACAUACAAGUCCUAUGGGAUCACGUUGAACCAUCCCAAAAUUCCACAGUGUAUAACGGUGGUGUGGAAGCUGUAUCGACUUUUGUGAGUGCUGGUACAUCUUUUGCUGUGGGCUAUAUAAACGUCGACUGGGCAAUCUGGGGAGAAAUGGCAUUAGGCAUCUUUUCAACAGUGAAUAGCAGUGCUUUAUUUGCCAUCGACCUGUCAAACAAUAUCUGGAUUUGUUACGGUGGAUAUGUUGUGUUUAAAGCCACGUACAUGUUACUGAUUACCAUAGCAACGUUUCAGAUUGCAUCUAACCUGAGCAUUGAGCGAUAUGCUCUUUUGUUCGGUGUAAACACCUUUGUAGCCCUCCUACUUCAGACCAUUCUGACUGUUAUUGUCGUUGAUUCAAGAGGCCUUGGCUUGGAUGUUAUUACUCAGUUCCUCAUUUAUGGGAGUUAUUUUGCAGCAAUAUCAGGACUUUUCUACAUCCGAGGUAUUUAUACAUUAAUUCAACAUGGGCAGAAAAGAAAGAAGAAAACAGAACCGGAGAUCAAAGGAAAUAAUGCAACACCUAAAGAUGAGACAAGAAGUACAGAAGAGUUUUGAAAAUUUGAAAAAGUUAUGAAAAAUAAAAUUGACUUUUGUUAUUACAAUUGGUCAGGGAGAUGGAAAAUAUGUCCAUGGUCAUUAACGUCAUUCAGUUAGCCAGGAUAAUAUUUUAGCAGGAUGGUAAAGAACCACUGAUACAUCAUCUAAAAUCUGGUAAAGCAGUUUUGUGAAUUGUUUAA